AAUGAGUUUAUCCAUUCAAUCGUUGAUAUGAUCGAAAAAAUGCGCGCAAAAUUACAAGUAUCGCUUACAUUCGUUUGUUGAAUUCAUUUUAGAUUCGAAAAAAUGCCCGAUCAAAAUAUGGAUUUAUCUUGCCAUAUUAGCUCCUAUUAUACCCAUCUUUUUCCUUAUAGCCUAUUCUAUCAAUGGUUAUCAUAUUCAAAUGUCGAACCAGAUUAUUUCGCUCGUAGAGAAUUUUCAUUCACCCUUAAUGGUGAUAUUUAUCUUCGAUUUAAUUCAUUCGAAUCAUUAGCUGAAAUGCGUAAAUGUAUACUGUCUCGACAACCUAUUAAAAUCGAUAUUGGAGCUGUCUAUAAUAUGCGACCUUGUGAAUCUCGUAAAAUCAAAUUGAUGUCAUUUCAACCACAAUCUCGAGAAUUAGUAUUCGAUAUCGAUAUGACCGACUAUGAUGAUGUACGUACAUGUUGUAAAGGUGCAGAAAUCUGUGAAAAAUGUUGGAUGUUCAUGGUGAUUGCCGCUCGUAUUCUUGAAGCAUAUCUACGUGAAGAUUUUGGCUUCAAAAAUAUUCUUUGGGUUUAUUCCGGUCGUCGUGGUAUUCAUUGUUGGGUAGCUGAUGAACGUGCUCGACGUUUAGGAUCGGAUGGUCGUGAUGCAAUCGCAAAUUUCAUAAACAUUUUUGAUGGUGGUCAAUUCAAAGCGAAAAAAGUGGAAAUCGAUGGACUAAAAGGUUGUCAUCCAUCAUUAAUUCGUUCGAUUCGAAUUAUCGAUGAAUAUUUUGAAGAAUUAAUGAUAAAUAGACAGGAUUUUCUUGCGACUAAAGAACAGAUUAAGAUGAUAGCAAAUCUUUGUCUCGAUAAACCAUUACGUGAAGAAAUUUUAGAAACAUUAUUGAAUCCGAAUGAAACGAAAUUGAAAACUUCUUUAGAUCGAUGGAGAAUGAUUUGUUCCUUGUCAAUAAAAUUCUAUUCAUCAAAGGGUCCUAAUCAAUUACUUAAUCGUAAUCAACAUCGACAUAAAUAUUUUCUGGAAGAAAUCAAACUUCAACUUUGUUAUCCACGUUUAGAUAUCAAUGUGACACGUGGUCUUAAUCAUUUACUUAAAGUUCCAUUCUCAGUGCAUCCUAAAACCGGACGUAUAUGUGUUCCAAUUGAUUUUGAAAAAUUGGAUCAAUUUGAUCCAUUCAAAGUACCAACCCUUCUGACUUUGAUUAAAGAAAUGGAUGAAAUUUCAACACCACAAGAAUCAGAAAAAUUAACGGAUGGAACAAUUAGCCUAGCAUAUCAAACAUCAUUAGCAUCAUCAUUGAAUUUGUUUCGAAAAUUUAUCCAAAAUAUCGAACGUAAUUUGCGGCCGAUAAAAUUAGCCGAACAAGAUGAUCGGUCCACAAUUGAUUUUUAAAUU